GGCUGCUCGAGUUUUGUGUGGCCUCUGAAUGCCAGCCCUGCUGCGGGAUGGCUGAUCCUUUGACUGGCCUUCUGCAGCAGAAGAAGCAGACGCCCCCAGCAGCAAAGGCUGCCAAGCCGCCUGCACCCACCAAAGGCCUCUUCGACUUUGAUGUGGAGUCCACGUUGAGCCGCAAGGUGGCACAAGGCGCCGAUGCUACGGUGGGUGAGCGCAUCUUUGAGGCGCUGGCGGCCCGCAGCACGGUGGACUUCCCAAAGAUAACGGAGAUCUGCGAGCGAGUAGCCCAGGAGCCCCAAGAGGUGCCGGAAGCGGUGCGCCUGCUUGCCGGAGCCUUCAACGAGCGGGAGCCGCCCAGGCGCAAAUUCAAGGCGCUGACCAUCAUGAACGAGCUGCUCUACGACCCGAAGGCCUGCCACGAGCUGCGCCAGGUCUUCGGGGUGCGAGACGCCCUUUGGAAGCUCCAGGCCACUUUUGGCAGCGGCUUGGGUGACGGUCCGGAUGAGCAGAUCCGGAUGCUAGCCACAGAGGUGGAGAAGAAGACCUUCGGCUCCGCGGGCGACCCUUUCUCCGCCCCGGUGGCAGAGGAUCCGUUUUCCUUGCCAGUGGCCGCCGCCCGGCCCGCCGAGCCCAGGCAACCGAGAGACACCUCCUCUGCCUCUGUGCUAGGUGCGCUAUGGCAGGUCGGCUCUGUUGUCAAAGACAACUUGAAGACCGGCUGGACCGCAGCGCAGGAGGCGGCAGAACAGCUGACGACGAGCCAGGGCUCCGGGACUCGCUGCGAGUUCCAGAAGCUCCCAAUGCGGCCCACUGCGGACAGGCCUACAUUGGACAUCCGAUUUGAAGAUAUGCUGCCAGGGGAGAAGGUGCAUUACGCGAUCAACCCGGCGGUGCUGCUCCUCAAUAAGCCGUUCCGCGAGUUGCAGGGCCGGCUUCUGAUCUCCAGAUACCGGAUGCGCUUCCAAGUGCCCAAAGGCACCUUGAAGGACAACCUUGCAUGGGUGGCGGAGCGCCAACUCCUCGACGUGCCGCUGGGCCUCGUGGAGAAGUUGGACUUCGAGUCCACCACGUCGGAGGCUGGCGUCCAGCAGUGGCGGCUCAACAUCAUCACGAAGGACUUCCGACACUUGGUGAUCAUGGUCUCGGAGGUCAAGGACCUGGCAGUGGUGGAGGAAGCCCUGGUGGCGCUGAGCCAACCCGGGGCCAACUUCACCCAGGUUCUGUUUGCCUUCCCACACGCAGCUGCGGUGGGAACCCGGGAAGAUGGCUGGUCCCUUCUGGAUCCUCGACGAGAGUUUGAGAGGAUGGGCAUCACUGAGUCUUGCCCCUGGCUCAUCAGUCCCAUCAACAGCGAGUACGAGCUCUGCGACACCUACCCGUCUACUUUGGUCCUGCCUCGAAGCUGCUCCCGCGAGCAGCUUCGGGCUGUGGCGGGCUUCCGGAAGCGAGGUCGGAUUCCAACGAUGAGCUGGUGCAGCAAGGACUUUGCCUCGCUCUGGCGUUGCUCGCAGCCCAUGGAGGGCCUGCUAGGGCAGCCCGAUCCAUCUGACGAGAAGAUGCUGCACGCGAUCAGGAACGGCAAGGCCCAAAGCCUGCUUGUCGUGGACCUCCGGCCCAGGAAAGCCGCUUAUGUCAACAAAGUGGGCGGCGGUGGCUUUGAGAGUUAUGACGGCUGCCGGCUGGUUUUCGGGAACAUCGACAACGUGCACGGGGUUCGCGACGCUUGGAAAAAGAUGGCGCAGGCCAUGACCGGGCUCAACAAUGACGAGGUGGGGUCCUGGUUUCGGGACAUUGCCAACUCCGGGUGGUAUGACCUCAUUGGGAAUAUCUUCCAGUGUGCCAACUACGUCGUCCAUGAGAUUGAGACGUUGCGCUGCAACGCGGUGAUCCACUGUUCGGAUGGCUGGGACCGCACUGCACAGGUGAGCUCUGUGGCCAUGCUUUGCAUGGACCCACACUACCGCUCCCUGCGGGGCUUGCUGCUCUUGAUCCAGAAGGAGUUUUGCAACUUCGGCCACCGUUUCCGGACCCGCCUGGCCAACGGAGAGAAGCCAACCAGCGAGUACAGCCCUAUUUUUUUCCAGUGGUUGGAGUGCGUAUACCAGAUGACUCUGCAAUUUCCCACGGCCUUUGAGUUUACCGCGGACUUGCUGCUCUACCUGACCCGGGAGGUCUGCACGAAUCGCUGGGGCACAUUCCUGGGGGAUUGUGAGAAGGAGCGCAUGGAGAAGGUGAGACCGUACACACUCUCCUUGUGGUCAUCAAUCCUUUCAGGACCCGCACCCGAGUUCCUGAACGCCAGGUACUGCCCAUCCGAGGAGGUUCUGAGACUGAGCCCAUGCCAGGCUGGCUUCAAGCUCUGGGAGGAGUACUGGUUCCGGUUCCGGCUACAUCCCCGAGACGAGCUGGCGGAGCGCUGCGUCAAGGCCUUUUGAGGACGUGCCGCUGGCUGCAGCGAAGGAGACACAAAUGACCGUGUCCUUUUCCCAGUUCCGGCCAUCCAAAGGACUGGGCAGCUGGAUAGACUGGUGCCCUGGAAGUCUCCUUGCGCUGUUUGCAUUGAAGUAAAACGGAGGACUUCCACGGUUAGUACGUGAUAUGGCCAUGGGGCAUAACCUGUGGCUCUAUUUUGGG